UAUAAAUUUUGAUUACAACACAAUUUACAACAAUAGUGUCGCCGUAUUGACUUAUUCGUGUUUUUUAAUUAUAAUUAUUUAGUAUUCCGUGAUCUAUACGUUGGUUUAUAAUUCAACAUCAUUGAAUAUUUUUUUAGUAAAGAAUAAGAUUUUCAGAUGGCUUCGAAAUUGAAUUUAGUCAUCCAAUGAAAAAUGUAGUUUUGCCUAGUGGUGGUAAUGGAAUCCUUCGAAGACUCAAAUUGCCCUUCAAUGAGUGAUAGUUUUUCUUUGUAUGAACGUUACAUGAGAAGUUUUAACGUAAUCGAUAAUUUUGACGAUAAUCGUCACGAUAUAAGUGAUCCGUCAAGUAAUUGUGAGAGUUCUAAUUCUAACAGCGGCGGUAACAUCGAUCUGUCUACUGUUAUUCAUUCAAACAUAGAUACACACAGAGAAUCGAGUAAACCUCGAUGCAGUUUAUUACAUUCAGGUCUCGAUAACGCCGGAAAAAUAGAUCUAGAAUUGGUAAAAGUAGAAUCACCUUUUACUUCACCCGCAGCAUCGCUGUCCGAAACGUCUUCCGCCACGAAUCAUUGUCUAAACGAUAAGUCUGAAGUAAUUUCUGACGUUCCAGUAACCUUUGAGGAGUCAAGAUCGGAAGGAUUCAAGUCUGUAUUCAUAACCUCAACUAUGGAGAAUAGCAACAAUGCGGUAGACAGUGUACCAAUGUUUCGUGACGUGAAAACUACGGAGCGAGUUUUCAAAUUACCAAUUAGUGAACUUUCUUUUAAUGGUACCAUUUUAAAGCAUGUCCAAAAAUUAAAACCUAUUGUGGAUCCGAUUACCGCUUUGAGCACUGCUAGGAGUGCAUUAAAUUUAAGUGACGAUCAGUGCUCAGAACCUGUUGAGAAUAAUGAGAUUUUGUGUAAUAAUAGUAAAAAAUCGGACACUGCAAGUGAUAGUGAUGAUAAACAUGCUUUUGAAUCAAUAAAUACUGAUAAGCUAACAUCGAGUAGUGCAAGCUUACAAGAAGAAGAAAAUUCAAAAAGGGAACAAUUGCAUAUUGAUGGAAAUUCAAAAUGGAAUUUAGACCAGAGUUAUUCCUCUCUUGAUGCAUCAUAUGAUAGUGGAAUGCGUUCACCUGACAUGUUUUCUGAUGAAGACGAUAUAGAACCAAGUCCACAACAAAUUCCAUUUUGGCAUUUUUUAAAAGAUUAUGAAACACAUGACAAGAAAAAAGUUAGAAAAAUAGAGGAAUCACUGAGUGGUAUACUGCCGCCUCCAUCAGUCACAACACUAAGAACAGAUGUAACACAGAUGCUAAAAAAAUACUACUGUUUUCUGCCUGCAUUUAAUGAAGGAGAAAAUCCAAAUAUAGAAGCUAAUUCAAUGACACCAACAAAAAAUGUUUCAUUCAUUAAAAUACCUCCAGGGACCAGUAGUAUUGAUGAUCUCCAAGAAACUGCUGUUGGUGUAUCAUUUAAAAAGUGUAAAGAGCGAAAUGAUAAAUCGGAAUUUGAUGCAAAUUCCAGCGCAAAUGACAAGAGUAUUGAAUUAAAAUUGUGUUCUGAAACUGAAGUUUUGGAGUCAGCUUGGCCGGAUGUAUUAAAAUGCAAACACUUUGAUGUUUAUUAUAAUGUAACCUCAUAUUCCGAGAAGAUUGAACAACUGAUGCAGCGUUAUGCUGAGAGAUUCGUUGGUGCUGAAACAGAUACCAGUGUGAACAUUUACUCUGGUGGACUCCAAUCACCAAGCAGUGCAUGCAAACGAAAAGCAAUGAGACUCAAGAUGGCUCAAAUGAAGUCACCCGGUCGUCGGCUUUCUCACUUGGCGCGUCGUCGGCAAGCCUUUUGUAGCGCGGCCACAAUUCACGAGAAGGCACACUCUUCUACUGCCAAGAUGGUGCUUAUAGAUAAAAAUUUCUUCCCACAUCGAAAGCUGAUUAACUCAGCAGAGAGAAAAAGUCCUCGAAUCAGACGCACUCCCGGUAAAAAGACACCAGCCGGUAAAACUCCAGGUAAAAAGACACCAGCAAAAACGCCUAAGACGAAGAGUGGUGGAUCUAGUCGACAGCAAGCAAUGCGCCGAUUGUUGAUGGACUCAGAAUCCUUGAUAAAGAGUCAACCCUCACGAGAGACCUCCAAGAGGGCUCUGUUUAUUAGUCCAGAGAAUAGGAAAACAAUACCAGCAACAAGUUCGUCAGUUCCACAUCAGGCAAUGAAGUCGAAAAGAGCAUUAUUCGGCUCACCGGUUAGACAAGCUGAAACUAAAAGCUUGGAUGGUACAUCAAGUGAUCACUUUUUGAAAAGGAAAAGGGACUCCUUGGACGAUAUACCAGAGACUAAUAGGAGUAAAAUAGCAAAGAGUUUGUCCUUUGGAGGAGACACGAUUAGCUCUACAAAUACAGUGACAUUUAACCGUCGUGCUUCUGAAAUGUCAUCUACAAAGAGUAUGGCAGAACUGAAUGAGACACAUAAAAAGAAGCUGCUGUGGGCGGUGACGGAGGCGCUCCGGCUGCACGGCUGGCGGAUGUCGUCGGUCGGGUUCCGCGAGAAGGCGUCGUCGCUGGCGCGCCUCACGCGCAGGCUGCUGACGCUGCCGCCGCACGCCGCCAAGCUGGCCGCGCCCAAGCUGUCCACGUCCGACACCAUGUUCAAACUUGCUCGUCAAUACGUAUUCGCUAUCAUCCAAGGCCGUACAGUCGACGAAUGCUUCCAAGACGAGCAGAUCAAACUCGCCAACGAAAGCCACAAGAUAACCGGAUACAUAUCCGCAAGCGCCUACCAACUAAUAAAAUCAAAGCAAGUGACAUCAACUUUCACAUCUCAAAUCAAAGAAAACACCUGCAGUGAGAGUUCAUUGAAGCAGGAACAGCCGAGAAGUGGCACCAAAAAUGUAUUACAAGACAAAUUAGUUAAUAUAGAUACAAACUCGAAUAGCAGCAGUGGUUUUAGCACGUUAGAAAAGGCUGGUGUUUAUAAAUCAAACUCUAUGCCUUCGUUUGAAGAAACGGCGAAAAUGAGAGCCCGCAGGCAAAUCAUUUUUGACAAUGUAGACUUUCCUAAACGGUGAAAUGUUUAAUCUGUGCUUUUUUUAAAAAUUACAAUUUGCUUGUAUUGGCGUCUCGGCAUAUUCCUUUUGGAUGUAUUAUUUAUUAAAAAAAAGUUUAAAACUCAACUCGGCAAAGCUUUUAUAAUUUUUGACGAGUAUUUUAUGUUUCUAAAUAAACCUUCAAUAAAAUAGUAAUUUACAAAAUACCUAAAUACUUUCGUUUGUUGAAUAAAAUAAAAUAUAGCUUUAUAUUGUUAUUUGAACUAUUAGGUGGAUUUUUUCUUCCUAGCUAAUUCCAUUUUUCUUCCUAGCUGAAUCCAUUAAUGUCUUCUUAUAAAACCAUAUGACGAACUUAAUUUUAUGUUUUUGAGCGUGAUUUUUGUUUGUUAAUUAAUUAGAAAUAGUGCACAGAACUUAAGAUUAAACAUUGUCCUCCAGCCAUUUCACUUAAAUAACUAAAACAUUAAUAUUAUGUAAAGCAGCCAUUAUAUUGUGUUAUACCUAAUUUUUAAAUAACAUUGGUUGUCUUUAUGUAUGUUACUUUACGUUUUUAGCUAGUUAUUGAGUGCUUAUGGCAUAUUGUAUAUAUUGGGUAUGGCAUAUAUGUCUGACAUAGUUAUAAGUGUGAACUGUAGUCAAUUAGUACUUAAUUUCGAAUUCAUAUUGAAGAUUAACAAACUAUAUUCUUGUUUGUAGUACUUCGAUGGACUUGUAAGUGUAAAUUUCAUUUAUAUUCUAAAACAAGUACAACUGUGAACUAAUUAAAGAAAAACAUUAACAAAAUUAAAAACAAAUGUAAUUGUAAUAGCACAUAUAUAUUUAGGCAGUCAUAACGUGAGAUUAUAUAAUUUGCGUGUCUUAAAUUUUUGCAGUAAUGUCACGUUAAAAUUCAUAAUAUACCUAAUUGCGCCAUAAUAAGCUGUACAAAUUCUCCAAAGUUGUCUGAGCUGAUGUGAGAUGUGUUUUUUUUUUUUAAUAUGUAAUUAUUGUUUUAAUACUUAACGAAGCCAGCGUAGUUGGAACCGUCUCAGAAUUGACUUGGACAUUAUAGUAGGUGCAAAAAUAGUAGCAUGCUUAGUUUUCAUACUAUUAUAUAUCUCUAUACAUAUUUGUGCUAACAGCGUUAUAUGUGCGUAAAUGUUUCAAAAAAACAAUCAAACUAUAUCUUUUCCAUUGAACAAAACUUAUUAUUAUUAUUGUUAAACGGAUUUUAAGGAAAACUGUCAUCUGUAUGAGCCUUAAAUUAAAUCGGAAGAAUAAUAGGAGUAUACUCCUAUUACAACUUAUAUUUAGUAUAUUAUACUGGUGGUAGGGCUUUGUGCAAGCUCGUCUGGGUAAGUACCACCCACUCAUCAGAUAUUCUACCGCAAAACAGCAGUACUUGGUAUUGUUGUGUUCCGAUUUAAAGGGUGAGUGAGCCAGUGUAAUUACAGGUAUAAGGGACAUAACAUCUUAGUUCCCAAGGUUGGUGGCGCAUUGGUGGUGUAAGCGAUGGUUAACAUUUCUUACCAAUGUCUAUUGGGCGUUGGUGACCACUUACCAUCAGGUGGCCCAUAUGCUUGUCGGCCUUCCUAUUCUACAAAAUAUACAGCCAGCGUAUAUAUAUAUAUAUAUAUAUAUAUACGCUGGCUGUAUAAACACUUUAGUUAAAAUAAAAUGAUUUGUAUUGUAAGUCUUAUUGUUGGUACAUUAUAAAUAUUAUAUAGAUAGGGUUGUGCGAACUGAAAAGUAGAAAUUAUUAAGUAUGGACUCGACUAAGUAACUUUGUUCGUAAAUGUUACUAUUUCUGAGUUUGAUCUCAGGUGUAAUUGUAAGAAAUAAAUUAUAUUCUCUGAAAUUUU